AUGCUACAGUGUAGGCCUGCCCAGGAGUUCAGCUUCGGCCCCCGUGCCCUGAAGGACGCCCUGGUAUCCACUGAUGCGGCCUUGCGGAAGCUGUAUGCCACAGCCUUCUCCCCAGCAGAGCGGCUCUUCCUCGCCGAAGCCUACAACCUCCAGGGGACACUCUUCUGCUCUCUGCAGAUCUACACGGCCUCCGACUGGCUCCUGAGCCGCCCAGAGGCCCCCGAGGACUUCCAGGCCUUCUACCAGUCCCUGCUGCACCGGAAGCAGAACCUGGGUCGGAAGCACAUCUACCUGCAGCCCAUAGAUCUGAGUGAGGGGCCAGUGGGAUGCCCCCUGCUGGACAGUGUGCGGAGCUGCACCGAGGCCUUCUUCCGGGGCCUGAGGGUCAAGUGCCUCCCCUCGGUGGCAGCCACGUCCAUCCACUGCUCCUCACGCCCCAGGCGGGACUCAGACCGGCUCCAGUUCCACACAGACGGCGUACUCUCCUUCCUGAAGAGCCACAAGCCAGACGAUGCACUCUGUGUGCUGGGCCUCACACUGUCUGACCUGUACCCCCGCGAGAGCUGGAGCUUCACCUUCAGCAAGUUCCUUCCCGGGCACGAGGUGGGUGUCUGCAGCUUCGCCCGGUUCUCAGGGGAGUUCCUGCAGCUGGAGCCCGGCGCCUCUGACCCCGCCCCAGUGGAGGUGGCUGCAGACGACCCUGAAGCCCCUGGGCAGGAGAGGGUCCGGACACUGAGCUUCAGCACCCUGGGGAUGGUCCAGUGCUGCAAGGCCACGUGUCAUGAGCUGUGCCACCUCCUGGGCCUGGGGAGCUGCCGCUGGCUGGGCUGCAUCAUGCAGGGUGCGCUUAGCCUGGACGAGGCCCUGCGGCGGCCCCCCGACCUCUGCCCCAUCUGCCUACGGAAGCUGCAGCACCUCCUGGGCUUCCGGCUCCUUGACAGGUACCAGGAACUCUAUGCAUGGACGCAGACCAUGGCGGGGACCUGGCCUAGCUGGGAGGCGGCCGAGCAGUCAGGAUCGGAGGACAUGCAGCCCUUCAGCACUGACUCGGGGCUGGGCAGUGAGAAUGACUCAGAGGCCCUCACCAGCCUGUCAGAGCCCCUGACACCCGAUGGGGGGGCCCCCGAGCUGGAGCCCACGGAGGCACCGAGCCCCGCGGUGGACCUGGAGGGCCAGGCACCGCUGCCCAGGGGCCCCGCAGAGCCCAUGGAGGCCCUCCAGGAGUAUGGGCUCUGGCUGGCGGCCUGCAUCCAGGCCCUGGAGAGGGAGGUGUCUGAGGAGGAGCUGGCGCGGCUGGACGAGGCUGUAGACUCACUGUCCCGAUGGGACCUGUUCACUGGGCAGCUCCCGGCCACCCGGCAGGCUCUGUCCAGCGGCCAGGACUGCUCGGGGCUGCGGAAGGCCCUGGGCGGCACGCUGUCGUCCUGGAGGAGGAAGCUCGGCUCGAGGAAGCCGGCCAAGGUGGAGUCACCUCCCUGCCAUUGGAGGCAGGAGGAGGAUUAG